AUGCAGGUCGGAAACCACGACCUCAGCGAUUAUUCUGUGGACCUCAUCAGCAGUGUGAACUGGCCCAACAUAACCGGCAGUAAUAGCCGGGCGCUUUGGAAGCUCAUGGCAUUGGGAAAUGUCGCCCGCGACCAGAUCAACCACUGUGUUACGAGGGCUACUUUGCGAGAAGGGAAGUCUUUGGGCGAGCUUGGUGUCGGACAACCAGAAGCAACUGUGCCCAACGCGGCGGUUGGCGUUCGCUACAGAAAGUUUACAACAGACCAAACGUGCCCGCGUAAGUGCAGGCCUGUUGCUGCUGUGUGCUGGUUUGGUCACCCAGUUCCGAUGGGUGGAGAAGAUCAGGGGCAAAAGCGUCGUGCCCGCUCAAAAAACGACAAGUUUUUGACCUGGCUGCGAGGUUUGAACGGCAAGCCCGGCACAUCGCCAGAGGGGCUGUCCAGUGGGGGUACAGAGGCUGACGAGAAGAUGACAGCAACCGCAGUCAGCGGAGGGAAAAGGAUAAGAAAGCGCGGCCGCAACCACCGCGCCGGCGCUGACUCAGACUCGCCCACGCCCCCCGAGGAGGAGCGGGAGGCGACCCCCAGCAGGCCGCCUUCGAGGAGAGGGGCCGCGCGCGCCAGCGGGGCGCGGAAUAAGAUCAAAGCCGCGCAACAGAAGAAGAAGAAGGGCAAGAGGCCCGCCGUAAAAAGGACGCCGAAAGAGAGGGACUCGGACGAGGAGUUGGAGGCGGAGGCGCGGCAGAGGCGCAAGCGCACGCGGCGCGCGGCGGAGCGCGAGGAGGGAGACAAGCCGGAGCCGCUCAAGCGGCCACGGCUGACGGUCUCGCUGACCAAGCGCGAGAUCAUCGAGGACUUCGUCAAGAUCACCGGCAAGAAGCCCAGCCUGAAACCCAAGAAGAACCCGCUCGAGCAGUGGGGUAUUGCGCUCGGCAUCUUCUGGGGAACGGCUUGAACUGAUACGUCGUCGUAUCAGCACGCACUUGCGCUCCGAAUUGCUUGCAAUGUACACUUGGUCUGAGCACCAAGGAGUAACCCGUUGCAGAGUUUUAGCCUUUAGCUCGCUGUGAAAAUUAGAAUAGGGAAAGGUUGCUGUCGCCUGCUUGUGGGCAAAAGGUCGAUUGGUCGCUGAAAGAGCGUAGCUAGCCUUAGAGCUUGUAGGAUUCAUCCACCUAGUCAAAAGAAUGACGUCUGAGUGCUGUCAAGCGCUUCUCCAACUUUCAAGUGUUCAGAACCAUGAGCGCUUGAGCCCUUCUUCGUAUAUUACUGCGCAUGGAUAGCAGCA